AUGGGUGCAUUAAUAGGUGCACACAGGCCCUUGCAGAGUAACGAAUCUCUACCCAAAGUGCUUAAAGGGGUUAAGGCAUCUCCAACAUCAAUCAGCAGAGUGGGGUCGCACAUGGCUGACGUGAGUGAGAAAAGCGAUAACAAACACAUCAACACCUCUGGGAAGGUUGGAAAGGUUGGAAAGGGUAAAUCAAAAGAAAUCGAACGCACUAAGAAAAAAUAUGAGGUACACAAAGAUGAAAAGGGUGGCGUAGACGCAGUCAUUGAUAACGCUGGGCACACCGAAGGUGUUUCGAAGAAAAGGGAUGGGAAGGCAAAAGACCGCAAGAAGAAGUCCAAAAACCGAGUUUCACGGAAACUCGACUUCGCAAAACCCAAAUUCAGUAGAAGAUGGUGGUCGCAAGAACGUCUCAAACACUACGUCACACCCAUCGGCACCGUCUGCCAUGCUCAGGACUAUGUGGACGAUUGGUACGUAGGGUAUGUGCAAGAUUCGAGGCCAGGUGAGGUGUGGAUCCGUUUCGAUGGGUAUGGUUCGGCUGACAAUACCUGGUUCGCAAACUCAAGCACUAAACUGGCACCAGCAGAACUCACUACAGAAGAAAGAGAGGAGUGGAAGAAGAUCUUCCAACGUGAUAUUGAGAAGGAAGCUCGGGGAGUGCGCGAAGUCACCACAAGCGCCGCUGAGAGUGCCGAGGAUGUCGGUACAAGUCCUGAGCAACCAGAGGUUUUGCCAUCAGGGACCAAAAGCCGACCUGUAUAUGCCGGUACAUCUGCGGAGGAAAAUGCGAUGGAUAAGGUGGCUUCCAGGAUAACUCAUACUAGAAAAUCUACGGUCUCGCCAUCAAAGUCGAGCAGUCGUCGACGUGAAACUGUCUCCACUCCUGAUAAGAUUGCGAAAGCGCGAAGACCGACGACCGCGAAAUCACAAACGGCAACUAAGAUCAAAAGCUCCGACAGUUUAAUAAGUGGAACUCACAGCUCAAAUACAGAGCCCAGCCCAGCCGUGAAGGAAGAAGUUGUUAUCGAUCUCUGUUCUUCUGAAGACGAAAUAACAACGCAGUUGCUACCACCACAAAUGAUAUCAGUGGAUAAUAUGGUUCAUGCCGUUCCGCUGGAAAGAAAGUACACACCCAAGAAGAAUGGGCAUGCAGAAAAGAGUGCUACAUCGCACGUGCGUUUAGAGCACAGUGUGCAGGCAAAAGCCGACGUUGGUGUGAAAACUGAGGCUGAUGCAAGUGUACAUCCCAACGCCGAUGCGUCAACUAGUUCAAAUGCAUUAAGCGAAAUCCACACAGAAGACAGUAGCAGCCACCCGAAACAUAUAGAUGACGCUUCAAUCUCAACCACCAUAUACAAUUCUGAUGACCAAACAUCGGGCCGCACAACGACUGCUACGCCAAUUAAAACUGAAUUUGAUUUAGCUUCUGACCGUGACAUAUCAGUCUCUAUUGGGAUACAUGCACCGGAGACACAGGGCAGCAGUGCGGUACAGGUUGAGCCUGCAAAAGGACCCCCGCGUCGUAUUCGCACACGGAGCAUAAACGGUCCGGUGAGUCCGAUUAAGGGACGCAAGAACGGCAAAGGGAAGAACACUACCGGUAGACGAGCGCUAGAGAUGUUGCUGAACUCUGCAAGUCAGCUCGUAGGCUCCGAUUCAGAUGAAGAUGAGCCUAUACUUAAGACGAACCGCGAUGUGCACCAACAAAGUACAGAACAUCCGAGCCCGCCGGUUUAUAUGCCCCUCUCAGAUAUGCCUCUCUCUGAGUCGCAGGAGAAGCGCGAUCGAUUUUCUGAUAACACAGGGGAUGUUGUCCUUCGAAAGAGCACAGAUGAGCCAUCUGAAGCCGUAGCUGAUUCAGAGGUCACACCUGCUGACACCGAAGCCUCUCCCUGGUCUAUGUUAAAAAAUGCGACAGGCACUAAACGGAGACUGUCAGACGCCGCCGAAAGUAACACGCAGCAUAGUAGGCGUGUUCGCCGUCGGCAAUCCACGAGUAGCGAAGGAAAGGUGGUAGGGAACGAUCCAAGCGAUGACAAAGAAAAGGCGGUGGAGGAUAUGGCUCACGAGAAAGGCGUCGGCGAUGGUAGCGUACAGGCAGAAGAUCAAGUUGGAGUUAAGUCUAGUAACAUAGGUGCCACACGAAGAUUGGAAAAUGCGAGAGAGCAUCGCAAGAAAAAGAAAGCGGAUAGAGCUAAUAAUCUGAGGAAAAUUAUAGAAGCAAAGGCACGGGCACGGGCACAAGAGAAAUCGAGAGUUGGGAGCAAUUGUCAAUCAGAAACGGAACAGGAAACUGACACCGGCGCCGAGCCUGGCGAGGCUAAAGUUAGUGUGGAUGUUGCGGUAGAAACAGCCGGAUGUGUGGGCAAAAAUAUGCCAAACCAGACGGCAAUACUCAAGGAGAGUGUUGGUAUGAUUGCGCUGGCCGUGGGAUAUGCGAAGUCGGCAACGAAGGCAAGUAAUGGAGGCGAAACAGAAGCUGAAAGUAGGGCAUUGGACGGACAAGCGGAAGUAAAAGUGGAACAGACGGAUGCGAAGCUGCACGAGGAUGCCGGUGUCAUGCAAGACAUAACAUCAAGAGAAAAUAGGGCGAGACGAGGUACGAGUGAAUCAUCGCGAAGGAAACGCCGCAGAGAGGUGUCGCCAGUAGGAAGUGUGUCGGAAGGUGGCAGGAGACCUCGACGUAGGGGCGACUUUUCGGAGAGUAGUGCAACUAGUGCAUCGGAGAUGAAGAAAAAGAAACUACGUAUGCAUUCUGAUCGGUCUAUUCGCCGAACAAGUUCACAGUGGUCUGAUGGCUAUGACUGGGACGAAGCUAAAGGUGCUGUAGCAGACGGGAGUGACACGAAGAAGUCGAAGUAUCCACCACGGUUGACGCGAAGUGGGAAUGUUUAUGGGACAGUCCAAGCUGCCGGCUCGACGGCAAGCUCUCGCACAGAGGAUCGCGGAGUUGAUAACGGGACAGAGAUAAGUGGGGCAGAAGACACGACUAUCAAGGAAGAGCAGACAUGCACACACAUAUCACCAGCAUCACAAAGUGAUCGCCGAAGGGGUGAAGAAGCACCCGCGCAUUCGAGUACAGUAAUUGGGGCAUCCCAGGCAAUCACCCCGAAUGGCAAGUCAAAGGCGCGAUCGAACAAUACCCUGAGAAGCAGUCAAACUAGAAAACCACCCAGAAAGGAAGCCAUGAGUGCUGGACAAAAAGAUCAUUUAAACGACGCCUUGAAUGAGCCCAAAGGUGAUAGUAUAGAUGAGCAAGCAGCAUCAGCACGAACAGAUGUGCCAGACAUGCUGAGAUGGGCAUCCAUGAAGAGCUCCAAGGCGAACAAAGCACCACUACCCACUGUGGGGAAGCCAAAUGCAACAACAAGACAAGCUGCAUCCCUGCCAGUGUAUGGAAAAGGUCUGCCAGUGCAAACAGACUCGCAGCAAUCAGAGGUUGUGGGACGAGUUUCGGGGGGAUUGCCGUCCGAGCACUCGGAAAUAGGGCUGAGCCGGGUAUCCAGCAAUGGUGCACUUCGAAACGAAGCAAGAAGGAGCGAGACAAUAGAGAUGAAGCUGAAAGGGGAUGGUGCUUCGAGUAUGCAUUUAGGGUCUGUCCCGCCGCAAACGGGUCCUCAGACCAACCGUGUUGGUGAGGACAAGUCAGGAGGAGAGGUUAGAGGAGACGCACCACCGGUGUUGCCAACCUCAACACGUGGUAAGCAACAACCUACUUUAAUUAGCACGCCAAGACUCCCUACCCAGCGACCAUUAUCUUCACAACAACAACAACGAAGGAACAUGGCACUACACCAGUCACAUCUGCCACAACUAAUUCGGCCUAUAUAUCAAGGUCAACAGUCAUUUAAUCAAGGAAAUCACACACAGCAUCAUACACAACAUAUACAAACUAAUCUAAGGCCAAUGGAACCACCAGAAAAGCCACCAACACCACAGCGCAUUCAGCAGAUGACUCGUAUGCAUCCUCCACAGUCACAGCCUGCCGGAGAAGCCAUACAAAGCACGGCCGCACUUAGAGCUGAUAAAUUCCGUGGCAGCUACGAACAGCAAUUGUCGUCAGCACGGAUAAGGGAGGCGAGUGGGGAUGCCACACUCCAGGAAGUGCGCAUAUAUAAAGUCUUGAGACAAAUAGAGGCGGAUAAAGGCUACGAGGUGAUCCACGCAUCCGCUCUAAAGCGCCAUAGAGAGCUGUUGUCGAGUGUGCGCUCUAGUGCACUGCCGGGCCAUGGACCGGAAUGGGAUAGUAUCUUCCGAGAGGAGAUAGAUAGGUAUCUGUAUCCCAAGUCAAUGGAAUUACAUAGAGAAGCCAAGCUGAGGUAUGAGAAAUUGCAUCACGAUGAAGCCUUUAGAAGAGGAAGGCUAUCUCAUAGUUCGCCGCCCUAAGAACGUGUGAAGCGAUUUAUUGUGCACCGUAUGCAUCGGCACGUUAUACUGCUAAGACAGAGGCCGCGGCUGCAAAUGUGCAAAAAUCUUAUACGACUUUGAUGAAGAUCAAGCAUACAUCCGCAUGUAAGUGGUGAUCCGUAUGAGAAAUACGACCAUAUAUUCUUACCAUAAACAAAUCCGGCC